GGUGCUGACACAUCUCUGCAUGUGCGAGCAUCCUAUUGGCCCACGUGGCACUGGUCACGUGGGUAUGCUUGUACUGAUGCUCCUUCAGCUUGGGCUAACGGGUGUCGCUGAAGCGAGGGAUCCCGCAUCCGACCAAGUUUUUGACCAGUCGCCGGCAGGCCGUGAGCGCGGUGGGAACGGGCUUCCCAAAAAGCCAGCCUCAAUUCCAAGAGUUCCUCCACAAGCUAUUUCCGAUUUCAAUUCCAAUUUCUCUGAAGUUCCAAUUGAAGUUUUUUUGACUGGUGGCAGUCAGUCUAGGCUUGGUGUUUCUCUGUGUUGGGUGAAUAAAGCUGUUGGUAAGAAGUGGAAGGAUCAUAAAACCUGGUUGAAGGGAAGAUUUUAUUAUCCUGAAAAGUCUGAGGAAAAUGCUAGAAAUGUUCCACGCAAUGUGUUACCUAAUUAUUGGCAGUACUUGGUACACUACUGGAAAUCUGCUGAUGGCAAGAAAAAGGAAGAAAAAUGCAAAAAGAGUCAAGCAAUGCAGAAGAUUACACAUACAACUGGUAGUAAGAGCUUUGCUAUACUACAAGAUGAAAUGGAUGAGAAAAAUGGUGGUGAGCUUGUGGGAGAAAUAGAUUUUUAUAUGGCUACUCAUUUGAACAAAGAUGGCAAAUAUAUUGAUGAAGAAGCAGAAACUGCUCAAAAUCAAGAAGUUCUUGAGUUGAAGGGUCAGGUGAUUAAACUUAGAGAACAAGUGGCUUCUCUAGCUGCUCUAGUUUGGCAGUUGACUGCAAAUAUGAACCCUUAAACUUACCAGGUUGGUUCUUACCAUUCCUAUGACUUAUCUGUUAACACUUGUUUGGUGCUUGUUUAGUGUUUAAUGGAAAAGAAUAUAGUUUUUGUAAAUUCCGACUGUGGAGGUCUUUAUCUGCUAUUGUCUUUUAAUUUUCAUUGCACAAUAAAAUAAAUUUUGAUUAGUAUAAGCUUCUAAAUUUUGGUGGGUGAAGAUUCUAUUUCUACGUUGUUUUGCUUUUUGGUUUGAUUAUAAUAGUAGUUUAGUCAUUGUCUAAAUUGCUAGCUCAUCAAUUAUGUUUCCACUAGUAAUCAUCAAUUAUGUUUCCACUAGUAAUCCAGAUCCUUGUUUAACUGAAGAAGUCAGUACUGAAUUCUUAAAUUGUGAUAGGCGUUGUUUUAUGGGUUCAGUUGCAAUUCUGAACACAUUGAGAAAGACAUGGCAAAGAAAUAGCAAGAGAUGGUACACCUUGAAUCCCUUAUUAGAUUUCUGGGAUAGGAAUUUGAUGCCAAAAAGUUACAGUAGUUUCAAAAUUGUUUCUUGUUUGCCUUCUGUAGUGUUACAUGAGUUUCAAAGUUGUGCUUUGUCAAACUAAUCCUGCUUGUGCCAAAAUGUAUCUUGUUUGCAUUUUAGGGUGAACAAGGAGUGCCAACCUUUCCAGAUGCAUCUUAAAGUAAUGAUGCUAUUGCUGGCAGCAAUGUAAAGCAUUUGUAUAUGAAAAUUUCAAGAUUGCAGUGACUUUAAGUGUUAGUAGCAAAAAUGUUAUUUUCUAGUUAUUUUGUGUUUGAAUAUGGCAACUCAAGCUUUUAGAUACUCUUAGACAUGGUUGUAUGCUAUUUGGAUAUCAUUUUCUAUUAUUUUUUGGGGAUAGCAUUGGUGUAUUUUGUUUUUAAGUGGUGUAUUCUGUUUUUAGGACUUAAACAUUUGGAUAUUAUUGUUAUAUUUUCUCUAGAUAUGAAAAAAUUAAGCAUUCAAUGAUAU